UAUGACUGUACAUAAUAAGGACAUAAGGAGUUAAGUUCCACCAUUAUUAUUACUUGGUGGAAGAGUUUCAUUUAGUCUCCUCUUUCCUCUGUAGUGGUGGUUUUAAUUGCGUGACAACUCUCAAUCAAAUUCUAUUGUUUCAACAGGAACAAGAAAUCAACUUUCUGGGCCCUCUGCAGCUCAGCUGCCACACAGAGCACAGGAAUCUACAGUAGUCUCGCUGAUGGUUUUCACCAUGAUGUGCAGCAGGGUGACAUUACACGAGCCCCAUAACGGCGACUACAGGAGUCCUACGAGAAUUUGCCCCCGUAGGAACUCAAUUCCACCAGCACAGACUCUCACAGCCAAACACCUCCUGGCAUACCUCCCUAGACCACCCCCAGAGUCAACACGUUUCACCCCAUAUCCAAAGAGGGUACCUAUUGCAGAGAGUCAAUUUCGUUAUUUUGUGUUUUGGUAUAUUGUUCAGUGGGUUGUGUUUACACUGGACACUGUUUUCAGCACAAAUACAUUGUUGAUCAUGUAUGUAAUGUACAAGUCAGUCAAUUGAUUGUUCAAACAUAUUUUUUUCAGGUUGCAGCAAAAACCAACAUGGCCUUGACAAUGCUCCACUCCAGAAGAGACUCUCUCAUCCCCAGCUCAAAUAACAACAACUUCCCAAUUCUCUCACCCCAGCCAGCCCCCUCUGCAUCCCCCCAGCCACAGUCCCAGAGCCCAGGCCCCCAUCAGAUUGUUGCAGGCUUGAUCAACCAGGAGGUAGACACCUGCCAGUACAUCAUCCCCACUGAGGAGCCAGAGGAGCCGGCCACUUCUCACCGCGGACGCCACCUUAAGCGUUUCAGCUCCAGGUGGUACUCAGGCGCUCCCUUUGGUGGCCCCUUUGGUAGCACCCGUAGCCCCGCCCAUGGCACAAGUGGUGAGAACAAGCCCCACAAGCCACGCUGCAAACUUCUAGGUGACGAGAGGCCAAAUUACGGCACAGACAACAAGCAGCGUCAGCGCUACGUCACCAAAGACGGGAAGUGUCGGGUCAACCUGGGCCCUAUCGAGGACAAGAGCCGUUUCCUCUUGGACAUCUUCACCACUCUGGUGGACUUGAAGUACCGUUGGUUCCUCUUUAUCUUCACCAUGUGCUACAUUGUCACGUGGGUGGCCUUUGCCGAGAUCUACUUCCUAGACGCCUGGCUGCGGGAUGACGUGGCCCACGUCCACGACCCUCAAUGGCAGCCGUGCUUCGAGAACGUGGACAGUUUCAUCUCCGCCCUGCUUCUGUCGGUGGAGAGCCAGAGGACGAUUGGCUAUGGCUCCAGAUUGGUGACGGCCAACUGCAUGGAGGGAGUGGUUCUCCUCAUGGCCCAGUCUAUCGUUGGCUCCAUCAUCGACGCCCUCAUGGUCGGCUGCAUGUUCGUCAAGAUCUCCCGGCCUCAGAAAAGGGCCCAGACUCUGAUCUUCAGCAAGCACUGUGUCAUAUCGGAGCGCGACGAGAAACUCUGCCUCCUCUUCCGCAUCGGAGACCUAAGGGCGAGUCACAUGGUGGACGCCAAGAUCCGAGCCAAGCUGAUCAAGUCCAGACAGACCAAGGAAGGGGAGUUCAUACCGCUGGAGCAGUCGGAGAUCAACCUGGGCUACGAUACCGGAGGAGACAGGCUCCUGUUGGUCGAGCCUCAGACCAUCACCCAUGUCAUCAAUGAGAGCAGUCCCUUCUGGGAAAUAGGGGCUGAGCGUCUGACAAGGGAGAGAUUUGAGAUCAUAAUCAUUCUGGAGGGAAUUGUGGAGGCAUCAGGUUGGUUGGCUUUGAAUGUUAGAAUGUGACCUCAAAAAUUAUGUCUAAAAUCAUUUGAAAACAUGUUAAUGCUUUCAUGUCUGUGACUGUAGCAUAAGAGCUAGAUGUGUAAAGAUUAAACGUUUAAUAAUUGCCUUGCUGUGCAAAAUGUGAAAAAAGUGUUGUCUCUACUGUGUUGUAGGUAUGACAUGCCAAGCCAGAACCUCCUACACUGAGGCCGAGAUUCUGUGGGGCCACCGAUUUGAAUCCUGCAUGUCUCUGGAAAAGGGGUCUUACCGGGUGGACCGUGGUGCAUUUGACAAAACCUUCACAGUACAAACCCCCACCCUUAGUGCUAAAGACAAGAGUAAUGAAAAAGAAGAAGAGGUCCUCUUUUAGAUCAUAAAACUGUACUAUUCACACUGAGCAAACAGCCCUUGUAUUAAUAGAAUUUCAAGGCCAAGACUUCUUGUGAAUGCCCUUGGUUCCCUCCCUGAGACGAACUUUCCUGUUGUCUCUAAUAUUGUGGACAAACAUUCUUCAAAAGAGUAAGACUUACACAUUAGCAUGCUAAUCUAC